AUGAUGAGAUUUAUGCUUAGCCCAGGUAGAGCAUUGGCUUCGCAGUUGGCAUUUAAGCCAUUGCUUUUAAACGCGUCAAUUCCGCGUCACACUGUAGUAAAGUUUUUGACUACAAAAGCAACCAAAUCCACCUAUCAAAAAGAACUCGAGAAGUUGACAAAAAAGAUUCAAAAGGCAAAGGAGAAGAAGAAAUCACUUCAAAAGGACCUUAAAGAGAAGGAGAGGGAGAUCAAGAAGUUGAUUUCUCAACGCAAAAAGGAUACAGUGGCUAAAGAGAAGGAGACCUCAAAGAAAAAGAAAGAAGCGGAGAAAGAAAAGGCUCACUUGAAGGAUACUUUGAGGGAACCACGUCCAUUGACUGCUCGUAACUAUUUUGCCAAAGUCACAAAGACCCCAGUGACAGCCUUGAAUAAAGAAUUCGAUGCAUUGCCAGACUCUGAAAAGGAGCAAUACCAACAAGCAACUGACAAAUAUAAUCAAGCAUUGAAGUCCAUCUUGACUCCCAAGCCUGAAUUAGGCCCUACUACAACAUACCAGAACUUUGUUAGUCAAAACUACCCACCGGGUGUCUCUUCUGAAGUAGCAAUGAGACAAUUGGCUGAUAAAUGGAAAACAUUGUCCCAGGAAGAGAAGGACUCAUACAAGGUACCCGAACACGAAGUUGAAAGAAUCAAAUCUAUUCAAAAGGAAUGGGAGGAGACUAGAGGAAGAGAGUACCCUGACUUGAUCAAAUUUAAAAAGGAAUACAAGUUUGUUAUCUAA